AUGCCUGGUAAUGCAUUCAACUUACGUUAUGACAAGUUGGUCAUAGCUGUUGGUGCUUACUCACAAACAUUCAAUGUACCUGGCAUCAAGGAGCAUGCACAUUUCCUCAAAGAUGUGCGAGAUGCUCGGGCAAUCAGGACACGCAUAAUAGAUUGUUUUGAGCAGGCCAAUCAACCUGUCCUCUCUGACGUCCAAUGCCGAAACUUGCUCAACUUCUGCAUUUGUAUGAUCAUAUUUGAUCAACACCAUGGUCCACCACCUGCCGCAGCCACUACCCUACUCCAGCAACAACCAGCGUCUAGCGCAUGCGCCCAGCACACGCCAACAUUUUCUGGUGUGGCUAAGGUGAAUGCGGACAACACUUUGGUGAAGGAGAAAGGAAGGUGCUGGGGAAAAUAG